UCUAAACACAAAUUCUAUUUACUCACAAUAUUACUUGAAUCUUCAAGUUUGUUUCCUUUCAAGAGAAAAAAAAAAACAUAUCACAAAAAUGAUUAAUCUUCGCAUUCCUAUUCUCGUCUCUUUUAUGUUUUUCCUUGUUUUUAUUGCAGCGUCCUUAUUGUUUGCUAAGCCUGUUUUUGCUGCUAGAGUUGGUCGAUCCCUAGUCCAAGAAGAGGUCACAAAAAUUUCACAAUAUAAUAAGCUUGAGGAGCCGGAGAUUCCAGGAGAGCCGGAGGAGCCGGAGAUUCCAGGAGAGCCGGAGGAGCCGGAGAUUCCAGAAGAGCCUGAGGAGCCGGAGGAUCCUGAUGAGCCUGAGGAACCGGAGAUUCCAGAAGAGCCCGAGCUUCCUGAGGAACCAGAGGAGCCACCAAAGGAGUCAGAAGAAAGGAGUUUUGAAUUUCCCUCAUGGAUCCCCAGCUUCCCUUUUCCCGGUGCUAACGGCGGUUUUCCGAAGACUGAAAAGACAAAACCUACGGCAACCACAAGUGUUUCUAAAGAAGCUUCUAGUGGUUCGAGCAAGAAGCCAUAGAUCAAUGGGUGUAUAACAUUAAAAGAACAUCUAUAUAUUCUGCUCUUGCUUGAUUAAUGAUAAAUAUAAGUAUAUAUGUAAUUGUUUGGGGUUUGUAUCUUAUGUAAGACGAGAGGAGUACUUAAUUAUGUCUUAAAAGUUUCAUGUCAUGUUUGGGUCACUGAAUGCCUCGAUCUUAAAUUAGUGUGUAUAGUCUUCUACUGAGUCUCUCUUGUAACUUGCAUGUCUUUCUUUCUUUGUGCUACCAAAAAAAAAAUUAUUACGUAAAUCUAUGUAUGAUAGUUAAAUAAAAGAUAUAACGCGUUUACUGCUCG